AUGGUCCUUAAAAAGCUCGUGGGCACCGCGCAAGACAUAUGGCGCAUGCGGCGCAUGCCUGCUCAAGUGCGUGCUAAAGACACGCGGUUGGCAUUCACCGACAUUAUUGGCGACGAAAGUCAAAAGGGCAGAUGGCUGCGUACGGGUCCCAUCUUACAGCUAAUGGACGUUCUAGCUGGCACAAUUUCAUCGCGCGUAUCACUGGGUGCCAUUGCGACUAUUUCAUUUGACCGUGUCGAUCUGGUUAAGCCUGUGUAUCAUGGCGACUUAGUGCGCGUUGAGGGCGAAGUCAUAGGUCUUAGUAAUUCAUCGAUGGCGGUGCAGGUCAGUGGUUACCGCCACGAUAUUCCUACUGGCACAUUCCAACACACACACGACGCUAUCAUUACAAUGGUCGCCAUCACUCGCUUCGGGCGACCGAGAAAAGGCCUCCCGCAACUAUUUGACGCCGAUCGAGCCGACUACUGCCUUGAAAUGAGGAAGCUAGCCAAUCAGCGCAAGGAGCUAGCUAAGCAAUGGCAAAAUGAGCAGGAAGCUGUGGAUAAGCUUCCAUUUAUUAGAAAGAGCGACAUUGUGCGUGGAGAAUCAAAGCAAAAUUACGUUGCGGUGAGCGAGACAGAGAUUGAAGUACGGAACUGGUUCUUGCCUCGCAAUCUUAACAUCAAUGAAACGGUCUUUGGUGGUGACUUGCUCGCGUGGAUGGACCGAGCCGCGCUUUACUGUGCUGAAAACUUCACAAAAUCAGAGAAAAUGGUUACUAUUUCUAUGAACCGUGUGCUGUUCAAAUUGCCAAUUUCGGCAUCAGAUGUUGUCACGGCGCGUGCUCGUGUAGUCAAUGUUCGUCGCUUCCGUCUUGAGGUCGAAGUUGAAGUGUUCGUUCACUCUGUUGUGGACGGUGGUGGGCGCAAAUCUCAUAGCGGCUACUUCACGGUGCUUAAUUUGGAUGAAAAGAACGCGUUUAAGUUGAUUGAAAAAGGUCUGAAGAUCGACGAGGAUAACCAAAGCGAGAUGCGCAUCCUUUUGAAAGCCCAAAAACGCCUGGAAUUUGCUGAACAAAGCAAAAAACUAAACUCUCUCUUAACAUUGGAGCCCCGUUUGUAA